AUGGCGUUUUGGACAUUUGUGGCGGGAUAUUUGUCAGGAACGGAUAGGAAGAAGAGGCUGAUGUAUGUGAGGGAGGCAUUUAUGAGUGAUUAUGGACAAGAUCCGCUGGAAAUGAAUAUUAUCAUUGCACAGUAUAGUGAAACCGAUGACAAAGAUUUUCUUGAAGCUACGUGGAUUGCUAUAGGAGUACUGUCAGUUGUGUCUAUUGCUUCUCUUUCCAUGAUAAUUUACUUCGGAUACCUUAUAAUAGCGGAACUAAAAAGAAAAUCAGGCAUUAUGAGUGUUAACACCAAAAAACUGCAAACUCAGCUGAUAAAAGCACUUGUGAUACAAACAAUCACCCCGACUAUCGCAUGUUUCUCGCCUUGCUUCUUUUCUUGGUAUCAACCGGUUUUUGGAAUUGAUGGUGGGAAAUGGCUACAACAUUCAUCUUCAAUUGUUAUGUCGUUGUUUCCCGUUUUCGAUCCGUUCUCCACUAUUCUGAUAUUACCAUCGUUGAGAAGACAGUUCAAGAAAACUAUUCUACAGUUUGUGACCAAAGAAGCAACAGUGCAAAGCAACUUGCGUACUACGACUUGUUUUUAA